AUGGAGUCCACCUCCCACGGAGAUCCUCCGUCCUCCUCCAGGUCAACAUCACGCACUCGACAAAAGAAGUCUCAGUCGAAUCAAUCCGCCUCCUCUUACUUCUCCUACCCUGUGACUCACGUGGUAUCUGGACUCUACCGUCGACUCACCGACCCACCGUCCAAAUCCAAUGCCAUGGGCCGCUCCCAGCGCGAUUCCAAAUCGUCUCUGACCUCUCCCAACGAAUCGUCCUCCUCACUCUUUACCCCCGUUCGCACCGUAUCGCCCUUCCAGCCGCCACCCCUCACACCCCUCACCCUCACCGGCGACCCAUUCAACCUCCAACAACAGCUGCUCACGCGCGCCCUGGCGGAGGAAAUCCGUUUGCUAGUCCCGGCUCGCCUGCAGCUCGUCGACACCUGGCGUCUAGCCUACAGCCUCGACCGCGACGGCGCCUCCCUCGCCACUCUGUAUGAAAACUGUCGCGAGAUCUCCAACCGCAGCCCGCGCGCCGGUUACGUGCUUAUCGUCCGGGAUUCGUCGCCCGCUGGCGCCGUCUUCGGCGCUUACAUGACCGACCCUCCUCAUCCGAACCCACACUACUUCGGCACUGGCGAAUGCUUCCUUUGGCGUGCCAGCAUCCUGCCCCCCCCGGGCAAUCUGACUUUCGCUGUUGGCGGGCCGCCCCCGUCGGAGGACCUGCUCGAGAUGGCGGGGCUGCCGCCUCCCCCGAGCGCUGAUACCACCAAUGUAGGUCGCUCGACGACCCUACGCGGCGAUAAGAAAGGUGCGACGUCGGGCCAGGCCGAGGAGAGUUGUCUCGCGCCGCCACUUUCCGGCGGCGGGGCCAGUGGUGCGAGCACCCCGGAUCGCAUUCGAUUCAAGGCGUUCCCCUACAGCGGCGUGAAUGAUUACAUGAUGUUCUGCGAGACGGGAUUCUUGAGCUUAGGCGGAGGAGAUGGCCGCUACGGUCUCUGGGUUGACUCCAGCUUCGAAAAGGGCGUCAGCUCCGCCUGUCAGACCUUCGGAAACGAGCCUCUCUCUGACGAAGGCGAUAAAUUCGACGUCAUUGGCGUCGAGGUGUGGUAUGUCGGCGCGUGA